UACUGAGUCACGGUGUGGCGCGGUUUGUUAUGCUAUCGAUUGCUGAUCGCGAGGUCAAAAGGUAUGAUUCUGUUGAAAAUCUGCACAGUUUGGUGACCAUGAUGGCUACUGUGGCGAAUGUUGCAUCGUCGACGUCGACGAUUUACGAGAAUAUCUCGGAAACGCAAUCCAGCAAUCAUUUGGAGGAUUUGAAGAUGGAAGAUUCUGGAACUUACGAUGCCGAGUCAAGAAGUAAUUCAAAUGAAAAGAUCACAAGUUGCUCGCCGUCACCGGAACUGAGCUCGUCGCACCAUGAUGACGAGGAGCAUAUCUACACGAAUAUUCGUGAGAUGGAUGAGCUGAACAACCGACCAUUUCCACCGGUCCCCGAUGUGACAGAUGUGCCUCGUCGGAACCUCAAUAAUGGAUGGAAGGAGUAUGAAACGGAAGCGGGCAGAACAUAUUUCCAUAACUCUGAAACGGGGAAAAGCCAAUGGAUUCCACCAAGAUUCAUACGUACGCCAGCACAAGUUCAGGCAAUCCUGCAAGCGACUCGCACCGAAGUUGACGAAAAUUUCUCGACGACGUCAUUGAAACACGAAGACUCGCAUUCGACUGGAGACGAGUCGUCCUUGGACGUAUCGUCGUCAUCGCGUAACGCACCAUCAGAUGAGGCCAUACUGACAGAAUGCGCAGAAUCUUCCGAAAGGAGAGCAGUUCCAGAGCAGGUCGAACAGGACUUCAAAAACUCACCGCCUACCGCUACAUAUCACCACGCGACUUCGAGCAGCGACGACACGACUAUGAUGUCAUCAUUCCAUGCGCACACGGGACCAGAUCCGCUGGGAUUGAGCCUGAAACAGGGCAGCACACGCAGUCACGUAACGCAAGCACCGUCAGCGGAGCGAUCUCAGUCCUUUAACAAAAGGAAAUGCUCCUUAAAGAACGUACCUCUCCCUCAGGUCCUCCCUUCUACUAGCUCUGGAAAUCUUUUCUAUGAUAAUGGCACCCAUUCGUUGGACAGAGUUUAUCCAAAACCCGAGAAGGAGCCAAUUAUUUAUGAUACUCCAUGUGAUCGAGAUCGCCGAGGCAGUACACAUUGUGAAGCACGAGAAGCUGUGAAGACCAUCAAAUGUGGAAAUUUGGAGCUGGUUGAGUCAGCCGAACAGAUCAAAUCGCGCAAACGAGAUUGGAUGGUGAACUUCAUGUACCUUACGUCAGCUCAUCUGAUAUUAUACAAAGAUGAAAAGAGCGCUGAGAAACAUGGUAAUCAUUAUGCUGCCCCAAGAGGUGUAUGCGAUUUGAAAGGCGCAAGUGUCAGUUGGCUUGUGAUUGAGAAAGAGAAAAGGAAGAGGAAGAUCAUUCAGCUCGAACUAAGCCACGGGUGUCGCUAUUUAUUUCGAUCUGCGAAUGAUACUGAUACGAAUGAAUGGUUCGACGCUCUGAGAGAUGUUAUCGCACGAUUGCCAUCGGCACCGCAAUGCACUGGUCUUCCGAUGCAACCGGCAGUGCUGGAUUCUUCAUGCGCAAUCGUUCGCAAUCCUUCGACUUUGUCACAUAGACCCCAUUCUACGACUAUGCUUAGCGGUCGGCGCGCUGCUCACAGCGUUUCGUCACGGUCCGAUCAAAUGGCGCAUUCUGCCAUAGAAUGUGCACCAGCAUCGAACAACGCUUCACACUCUUGGGUUGUCGAGGAGCCGAGACCAUCUCGAGAGUCGAUUUUGGAGAAAUUGAUCAGAUUUUUCCGUAGCAGGCCUAGUAUAGAUGCGCUGAAGGAAAAGGGGAUUUACAAACAUGAGCCAGUUUUUGGCAGCACAUUGUCAGCGAUUUGUCAAUUGGAAAACAGCCUUGUGCCGAAGUUUAUUAGGACAGUGACGGAAUUGAUUGAAAGCAGGGGACUGGAGAUUGAUGGAUUGUAUCGAGUGAGCGGCAACUUAUCGGCUGUACAAAGAAUCAGAUGCCAAGUUGAUCAAGAUAAGUAUGGCGCAUUAGUAAAUGAAGAAGAUGUACAUGUGCUGACGGGAGCCUUGAAACUGUUUUUCCGCGAGCUGGCUGAGCCGGUCUUUCCCUUGUCAUUAACGAAGGAUUACUUGAAUGCGAUCAAGCUACAAAAUCCCAAACAACGGUUCAAACGCUUUGACGACCUUCUGAAAAUGUUACCAGCGGAAAAUCGGGAGACUUUGAAGAUGUUACUGCGACAUCUGCAGAGAGUGGCAUCACAUUCGGACAAGAAUCGAAUGCAAACGCACAAUCUCGCUAUUAUGUUCGGUCCAACUUUGUUCAACAGUGGGGAUGAGAAAACACCAGCAAAGAAGAAAGAUGCUGGAAAGAAGAAAAAAGAACAGAAAAAGGAGGAUACACCUGCUGUCCAGUCGAAUUCCCACAUGGCCUUCAAUAUGAUCAUGCAAGGGCAGAUUGUAGAAUAUCUGCUCACAGAACAAGGUAAAUUCGAAGCGCUGCAAGGUCCUGUACAAACACAUCCACACUAGACGCUUGGAACAGUGCCAAAUACCAAGGGUUUCCUUCGUCGAGUACAAAGGGUAUACUAGUUUUCUAUAAUUGCUCAGGUAUCGCUAAGAACUGUGUUACUUUUCAUUGAUUUGCUUCUUUGAGCUCAUGGUAGAGCAUUGAUAGUUUUGUACUUUAGAGAUAAUUUAUGCUCUUAUAACUUCACCACACCCGUUUGAAUAUAUAAUGCCACUUAUUGCUUGAUCCCAGUCACGUUGUUGGUCGUUCAUCUGAGCAUUCCCGUUCUUUUGCACGCAAAUUCGCUUUGCGAUAUUAUCAUUCUCUUUGAAAAUCAUUCCUAAAUGUUCAUUGCAUAGCCCGGAUUGCGCUAAUGUAGUGUUUCUGCGUUUUGCAGUACUUCUUUUUGUGAUGAGAAUAUUUUUCGUAACAAAAAUAUUCCUAGACUUUGAUUUCAGAACUAACAUUCAUUUAAUUCUAUGCAAGAAGGGCUGCCAAGGAAGUAAAGGUAAAACUCCUGGGAACACAUUUUUUUCUUCAAGCCUUCGUGUUUGCGAAAAUUUGUUGGUACACAAUUAGCAACAAAAAAUUGAUGGGCAAAAAAUGUUUCUUUUUUGAACAUUAUUUUGCUAAGGCAAUUCUUUUUCCUUCAUUUGGGUAACUUAUCCUGUAUGUGUCACUGACCGGAUCAGUCAAGCCGUUUUUCUUACAGGUUUCUUCCUUAUCAUUCAUUUUUUUCUGUUGUCGAUGCUUAUAGAUCUCGUUUGGAGGUUUCGAAAUGUUGAUUUGCCUAUUCUUUUCCAGUCGGUAGUUUUUCGACUUUUUCCUGUUAGGUGAUAUUUUCGUAAUGGAUCAAGGUAACGAUGCUAUAGUGUUUGCAUUGCAUUGAUAUAAACUGAACAGGAGCGUUGCAUCGUGCCUGAGAUAAUAGGAAUCAAAUCGGUACCAUGUUAUGCCCGCUUAUCGUGUACAGACUUCUUUGUUUUAAGAUUUCCCGUAAGUAUCGAUUGAUUUGUAGUGCAAUGCCGUUUUACUUCUUUUUGGAAAUGAGAUAUCGAACUAUGAUAAAAGUUAUUGCAUGCUUUUUUUAUUUUUCAUGUGUUGAAUGAAGUUUUAUAA